UGGGUUGGUACUCAUAAAAACAAACAAACAAACAAACAAACAAACCGAAACACCCAACCAAACCAACGAACAAUGACGGUCCCAAACGACGGCGUCUCUAAAGAAGCCGACGACGUCCCUGGCACGGAGGCCGAGUUGAUUGAACUCGGCGACGCGGCUGAGUUGAACGAGGGCGCGGGGCCCAGCGGGAAGGUGAGGGGACCGUGGUCGCCGGAGGAGGACGCGGUGCUGACCCGGCUCGUGAGCAACUUCGGGGCGAGGAAUUGGAGCCUGAUAGCCCGCGGAAUUCCCGGUCGGUCUGGAAAGUCGUGCCGGCUAAGGUGGUGUAAUCAGCUCGACCCCUGCGUCAAGCGUAAACCCUUUUCUGAGGAAGAAGAUCGUAUAAUAGUUUCAGCCCAUGCUAUCCAUGGGAACAAAUGGGCAGUAAUUGCAAAGCUUCUUCCAGGUAGAACAGAUAACGCAAUCAAGAAUCAUUGGAAUUCUACACUUAAGCGCAGGUGCUUUGAUAAAGGAAGGUUUUAUCCGGGACCUGGGGAAAUGAUGGAAGAUGACACCUUUGACAGAAAAAAGGCAUCCUCAGAAGAAACCUUGUCAGUUGGGAAUACCAGUUCAUUCAAGACUCGUGAAGGUCAAGCAAAGGAGGGUUGUUGCGCUGCUGAGUCAAAAGAGCAUUCUACUCUUCGUGCCGAAUCAAGAGACCAUCUGACUCUCCAGUCCACCCUUUGUCGUCCAGUGGCUCGUGUUAGUGCUUUUAGUGUUUAUAACCGUCCAAGUGAUCCAGCAAAUGCUUCAGCUUUUUCAAGGACAGUCCCAAGUCAUGGCCCUUUGGUCCCAACAACUAAACUAGAUUUUGGCUUCCUUGAAGGUGCAUGUAAUGAGCCUAUGGUUCCUGAGCACUGUAGCCAUGGUUGCUGUGAUCGAGUUGAGGGGCAUUCUCAAAGCUCGUUGUUGGGGCCUGAGUUUGUUGAGUAUGACGAGCCUCCCCCUUUCUCCAGCCACGAAUUAAUCUCCAUUGCUACGGAUUUGAACAAGAUUGCAUGGAUUAAGAGUAGCCUUGAGAGUAGCGCGAUGAGUAUGCCAGAGAACGUAGCAAGCCACAGAGUCGUUCAAGUGGCUGCCACUACCUUGCAAAUGGGAGUGCCAGCAAACAAUCCGAUGAAUGACCAUGUGCGCUUUGAGGAAGGAAGAAACAAGUUGAUGGGAAUGAUGACCGAAGUGCUAUCAACCCAGGUGCCUAGACAAACUUUUGCAAUGCCAACUGAAGUUGAGGGAUUGAGCUAGAACUCAUGGCUGGUCUUCCUCAGUCUUCGGGGUGCUUCAGUUUUAGCGGGAGAAUAUAUAUACAGACCGGUUAGUUUACUGCAGAUUAAGUUAAAUCUCCAGUUUCAUUUACAAGGCUUUUCACUUUUGACUCAUCUCGUUCAAGAGGCGUUUUAUUUGGGCAUUACAUCAAGAUAUAUAUGUAGGUACUUCUCUACCCCUUUUGUCAUGAGCAAAGAAGCUGUUGACUAGUUAAUGCUUUCCUAGAAGUGCAAUUUUAUCUCAAAUCCAAAAACUUGAUUGGCAAAACUUUGGCACUCCAAUUUUAGCUUCUGGCACUCCAAAUCGAUUAUUUUGUAGCUUGUUCACAUUCAGGGUGGGAGAGCUAGAAGUUAAAACGAGAGUGAAGAAAAAUCUAUAUGAACUAUCAAAAUCAUUACUUUUGUAAACAAUAAACAAGGAAACUGAUUUCCGCACUUUUUUCUUC